AUGGCAACCACUGAGCCGAUCGAUUAUACUCAAAUAACGAUCCUCCUUACGGUAUCGACAGUGUUAACGGGUAUCUCGGUCGUUGCAGUACUCACUCGAUCAUGGAUUCGUUUUGGGGUCUUGAAGAAAGCGGGCAUGGAUGAUUGGAUGUCUGUUGGCGCUCUGAUAUUUACCCUUGGCUACCUCGCAACCCUUUACAUUGGAAAGGUUAAGGGAAUGGGUACUCCUAUGGGGACCAUAUCUUUGGCUAAUAAGGAGGCGCUCCUCCAGCUAACUUUCGCCAUCGAACUUCUGUACUACUUGGUUUUAAGCUGCGUCAAAUCGUCAAUCGUGUUCAUGUACGACAGAUUCGCUAUAUCGGACACCUUUAAAAAUUUGUGUAAGGGCACAAAUGGCCUCCUAGCUAUAUUUUUCAUUAUAUGCAUUGGGGUGGUAGUUGGACAGUGUACACCUCUUCAGAAGGCCUGGGACCUCUCGCGAUAUGUACCAGGAAGUUGCAUAAACACCACAGCCUUCUUUUACUUCACAUCUAUUUUCGGAAUCAUUCUAGACCUUUGGAUCCUCAUGAUCCCUAUACCCACGUUAAAGCAUUUACAGAUAUCGAAGCGCAGCAGGCAUGUUCUAUACGGUAUUUUCGGUGUGGGUGGCCUCGCAACGGCCUUCUCUUGUGCUCGGCUCUACUCUAUACACACCUAUACGCUGGCUGCUGACCCCUUCCGGGACAGUAUUCUUGUUAAUGUUUGGUCAAUGGUCGAAAUUAACGUGGCGAUCUGGUGCGCAAGCGCCCCAGCGCUAAAACCCCUAUUCUCUCCCCGCCGUUUUCUCGACAGCGCAAAGUCAUCGUCGAGUCGCAACUAUCACAACGUAAACCAUCCAGGCAUUUCGAAAAAUGGUACCGACGGGUCGACAUCGCAAUCGCACAUCAAUCCUAUGCAUAGUGAUAAUUAUUCUGUCUCGCCAAGGGGAUCCUUGCACGGCCCUGAGGAUAAUAUUGAACUGCAACGGCCUGGACAGGCCCAUGUUUGA